ACCUGCUGCCGCCCGCUAGGCUGACCUUCACCAAGGUGAUGCGGGGGCGGGGCCACGGGCCCGGAUGCAUGCGCCCAGCCAGCCAAACGGCACGCCUGCGUUUGCGCGCGCAUGUGCGGACGAGCCCGUGCGGACGGCGGCUGCGCGGCCGGCGCGCGGCCGGGUGAAGGGUGUGUGUGGUGGUGCUUGAGAGGCGGUGUCGGGAACUGGCCCCACCUCUUCACUUCCCGGCCGUCGUAGGCUGGAAAACCAGUUUAAUCAACACAGUUUGAAGCUCACACCGAGCACCUGAAAGAACACCUGGGGUACUGUUUCUUAGGCCUGUAAACAUUUAAACAACAGGAAGUACGGCCUGGACGUAUUGUGGUCUGUUACAGGAACGUGUUUCUGAUCAUCGGCAUAUCAACCAUGAUGUCAAACUGCUUGCAAAAUUUCCAAAAAAUUACAAACCCUCAUCAUCUACAUUCAAGAUUAUGUCAGCGAUUAAUAAGAAGUAAAUGGAGGUUUUUUGGAACUGUGCCAACGUCCAGAUUGUGUAGGCAGGUUGUCAUUACUGGCAUUGGUUUAGUGACUCCUCUUGGUGUUGGAACUCAACUGAUAUGGGAUCGUCUUGUCCUAGGAGAGAGUGGAAUUGUGCCACUGGUUGGUGAAGAGUAUCAGAGUAUUCCUUGCAGUGUUGCUGCUUAUGUGCCAAGAGGUUGUGAUGAAGGUCAAUUCAAUGAACAAGACUUCGUGUCCAAAUCAGCUAUCAAGUCCAUGUCUUCUCCCACCAUUAUGGCCAUUGCGGCUGCAGAGUUAGCCAUGAGAGAUUCCGGCUGGCAUCCUCAGUCAGAAGCUGAUCAAGUGGCUACCGGUGUUGCAAUUGGCAUGGGAAUGGUUCCUCUUGAAGUUGUUUCUGAAACUGCUUUGAUGUUUCAGACAAAAGGCUACAAUAAAGUUAGCCCAUUCUUUGUCCCUAAGAUACUGGUCAAUAUGGCAGCAGGCCAGGUCAGCAUUCGAUAUAAACUCAAGGGCCCCAAUCAUGCCGUGUCCACAGCCUGUACCACAGGGGCUCAUGCUGUGGGAGACUCUUACAGAUUUAUAGCCCAUGGUAGUGCUGAUGUGAUGGUGGCUGGAGGCACAGAUUCCUGCAUUAGCCCAUUAUCUCUUGCUGGGUUUUCCAGAGCCCGCGCUCUGAGCGCAAAUUCUAAUCCUAAAUUGGCAUGUCGACCAUUUCAUCCAAAGAGAGAUGGUUUUGUGAUGGGAGAAGGUGCAGCUGUGCUGGUGCUGGAAGAACAUGAACAUGCUGUUCAAAGAGGGGCUCGGAUCUACGCAGAAGUGUUGGGCUAUGGGCUCUCAGGUGAUGCUGGUCACAUAACCGCCCCCGAUCCCGAAGGACAAGGUGCCUUAAGAUGUAUGGCUGCUGCUGUAAAAGAUGCAGGUGUACAUCCUGAAGAGAUCUCUUACAUCAAUGCACAUGCCACUUCCACGCCGUUGGGAGAUGCUGCUGAAAACAAAGCCAUCAAACACCUUUUUAAAGACCACGCUCGUGCCCUCGCCAUUUCCUCAACCAAGGGAGCCACGGGACAUCUGCUGGGAGCUGCGGGGGCAGUUGAGGCUGCCUUUACUGCUCUGGCUUGUUACUAUGGAAAACUACCCCCUACUUUAAACCUGGAUUGUACAGAACCAGAAUUUGAUCUCAAUUAUGUUCCACUAAAGGCACAGGAAUGGAAAACUGAGAAAAGACGUGUUGGACUCACCAAUUCCUUUGGUUUUGGUGGUACUAAUGCAACCCUUUGUAUUGCUAGCAUGUAGGAUAAAUGAUUUGUAAUUAAACAUUGAUUUUUAAAAUGUUAUAAACUAUAUUAAUGGAGAAAUAAUAUGUUUAUAUAAAUACAUAUACUUAUGUGUCAAUACCCGAUCCCCUUUAUCUGUGUCAGGGUUUCUCAAUUCUGGCACUUGAUACUUUGGGCAGGGUAAUUCUUUGUUGUACAGCUGCUUUGUACAUUGUUAAAAUGCUUAACACCAUCCUAAUCUCUACCCACCAAAUCCUGGUAGCACCCCUUUCACAGUUGUGAUGAGCAAAACUGUCUCUAGGUAUUGUCAGAUGUUUCCUGGGGGGCAAAACAGCCCUCAGGUGAGAACCACUGAUAUGUUUUCCUAAUACUCUAGGUGAAACAACUCUUUAUGAUAUUUCACCUGUGGUGGUCCCUUUCACCAACAUUUGAUGAGUAGCUGCUCUGUGCUACGCAAGGUUGGUGCAUCUUAAAGCCCCAGGCACACCAUUGCCUUACAAUGUAGAGAGAAGGAAUACCAAUACAACUGAAAGUUUGUAUCACUGAUCAGUAUUCUUUGGAUAAAGCAGUCAGCCAGCAAUGAUCUCUUUACCUCUUACUAUAUAGUUCACUUUUCUUCUGUCUAUACAGACAUUCAGUAAAUUAAUGAAAUUUCCCUACACUCCCAAGCCAUCAGUUCUCUGAGAGAAGGAGGUGAAAUUGCUUUGGCAUUUCUUACUCUUUUUGUAUUUCCAGUGGAAGCUGUGGUAGACAGUUCUUGUGUUUUCUCCCAGCAUCCCAUCAUGAGUGCUGCUGGUGCCUCUACUUUCACUACCUUCGGGCUUUCUCUAAAGCCAAGAGGUCUCAUUCAUCCCCAUCUGGCUGGCAGUCCUGGGAGAGGGACAAGUUCCCUAAAGGCAACACUCAACUAGUGAGAGGUGGGGGCUGGUUGGUAAGUGCCUCGCCUGCCCUCGGAGGGUUUCCAGCCAGGUAAAACUUGAAUGUUCACAGCAUUAGCCAGCUCAGUAACUACCCCCCUUUUUUCCUUCCCUGUCCCUCCUCCCCGACUUUUAAUCCUACUCCCAGGAAUCACCUUCCAAACAAACUACUUUGUGUUAGGCUCUGCUCUCUGGAGGACUCCAACUAAGAAAGUUUUUGUUGCAGUGGGGGUUUGUAUAUCAAAGUGAGUAAAUGGAUAAGUGGGAAGUAUAUAUUUCUGCAGAAGUGAAUAGAUGGUGUUCCUCACAUUUAAUAGAAGGAAUAUAUUGCCUACCCACUAAUCGUGACUUUAUGCCCUAUACACCUAAGACUUCAGCCAUGUUCAUUCAGCCAUGAUCAAUUUUAAUUCUUAUUGACUCAUAUUAAUUUGUUUAACUGAAAUUUGCUCAGUGCUCACUAUGGACGUGGUUUUGUAUUGGCUGCCAGCAGUAUAAUGAUGUGUCAAGAACGGUUUCCUAAAAGAAGCUGAGGCCAUAAGGGUAAAAAGGUCUCAGCCAGGUUAAGGAGGAAGAAAGGGAAGAAAGGAAGAAUAUUCCAGCUAGGAGAAACAAUGUGGAAAUGUUAGAAAAGUUAGAACAUUUGUAUUAAACCUGAACACAUACAGCCUGAGAUGGGGGAGGUGUGUUGAAUUAGGAGAUAAAGCCAGGAAAUCUGGUGGAAGUUAGGUCACAAAGAACCUUACAGGUUUUGUUAAGGCAGUAAGAGUAAUAGGAAGCCAUUUAAGGUUUGGGGUGUUAACGGCGGUUUGUAAUGUGUCAACUUGGCUUGGCUGAACAGCAUUUCUCAGAAUUCUCCUUAUUGUGUGUUUUUUGAUGAGGACUGGCUAAGAGAUUCUUGCAGGAGAUUGGAGUACGGAAGUGAAGCAGCAGCCGCUUUGUAGCUCAUACAUGUGGAUUUGCUGGCUCACCUCCUUGAUGUGAGGCAGUGGCUGAGUCUGCCACUGCUACAGCUUCCCCUGAACCCUCUUCAGUUGUUCUGACUUCUAGGCCAGGUAUGUGUUUAGCUCCAUGGUGAUGAAGGGCCCCAGCUUCUGCCCGUUUCUUCAAGAUCAGAGGCAGCAAGAACAGACCAGUUUCAGUUCAUUCUUGUGCUUGUGGGUUCCAGCUUAUUAUUGAAACUUUACAUUCAUCUUCCCUUCCCAGCUGCCUGCCCUGUGGACUUUAAUCUCCCACAUCAGAAAAUAACAGGUGAACAUAACAGCCUUACAGACACCAGUUCUCAUAAUUGUGUAAGGUCAAGUCCCGAUAACAAGUUAUCAUCUAUAUAUUUAUAUUGAUCUUAGUGGUUCUGUUUCUGUGAUUGAACCAUGACUGUUACAUGUGAAGAAAAAUAGGAAUAACAUAAUUACAUUUUCUUUUGGAAAUAUCACUCUGGCUGCAGAGUGAAGAACAGAUUGGAGGGAAGUUUGAUUCCUAUGAAGGAAUCAAGUCCAAAGGGUGUUGCAAAACCCAAGUAAGAGAAGAUGGUGGCCUGGGUAAAGCAGAAUACCUUGACCCAAGGUUCUUCCAAAGUUAAAAAUCAUUUUUUAAAAAAAAUCAUUACUGAGGGAUGAUUUAUGUACAAUAAAAUAUACCCAUUUUAAGUGUAUACAAUUAAAUGAGUUUUGAUAAAGGUGUACACACCCUCACAUAACCACUACCUCAAUCAAAACCUAGGGCGUUUCCAUCUCCAAAAUUGCCUUGUGCCCCUUUGCUGUCAGUCCCUCAGCUCCAGGAAAUCACUGAAGAACUUCCUGUCACUAAAGUAGUAUUUGUCUUUUCUAGAAUUUUAUAUAAAUGGAGUCAUACAGAAUAUACUCUGGUGUCUGGCUUCUUUCACAUGCUUUUGAGAUUUCUCCAUGUUUUUGAGUGUAUUAACAUUUCAUUCCUCUUUUAUUGCUGACUUUAAAAAGUUCUUUAAUCAAUAUAGAUACCCUUGACUUUUAUUCCAUCCCUAAUCCCUACUCACUUUAUAUAACAUUUUACUCUAUAUCAGUAUAAUUUUCUAACUGAAUAUACAUUGCCUUUUGGACAGAAGACAAGGUUUUUAAAAAUUUACUAGGACUGUUGAUAGCUUUUAAAGCAAAGAAUCUUUCCUUGAAAAGUACAAAUGUGCAAGGAUGUAAUAAAGGAUACAUGGAUACAUAUAUAAAAAUAUAUGUAUAUGUGUGUAUAUAUAUGUGUGUAUCUACAGAUACACAUGUUAUGAGAAUACUAAAAGAACUGCUAGAAAUUGGUGAUUAUUACCUAGGUCUAGUUCCAAAAGCAUAUAAUUGUUUGUGGACUCAAAUAUUCCCACCAACAACCUUCAACUUCCAUCUCAGGCUCUUUACAUUUAAUGAGAAAAGUAGAGAAUUUAUUAUAAUAAAAAGAAAAGCUCAUGUUAAUUCAGGUCCUCUGAGAAGUAGAUACUGAGACAGGAUUUUCUGUGUCAGAGAUUUGUUGGGGGAAUGGCCUGAAGGAUAAAGGAAGAGGGGUGGGAGAAGGCCCCCACCACAAUGAAGUCUUUGAUUUAGGUAUAUUCUGCAUCCUGAUGAUGGCAGUGAUUUGGUGUGCCUUUCGAAAGCUGUUCCAGCAUUCUGUGAGGCUGGCUGCUUCUGGAGAAUGCAAUAUGUGAUCCAAUUCACAGACCCCGUGUCACUGGUGUACCGCUGUGGCCCAUUUGGCUGCGCAGUAGGUGCCCCAGCUCAGUGUGGAGGUGUCAUCAAGAGGAUGUAUGUCACGGAAAUAAUAGUUUCCUUGUCAAUUGUGUUAUAAUAAACUCUUAUCAGACUUU